CAUUUAGACUGGUGAAUGGCCUCACGCAAUCUAAGACAACUAGUGCCCAUCAUAUGACAACCAUCAUAUGGCCAUAGCAGUGCAGAAUCAAUCAAUCAAUAUUUCAAAAAAAAUCAAAGCAACGGAGGGAAUCAAGAAGCCACCACUACAAAAUUGCUAUUUGCUAAUCAAGGGACAAACCUUUUUCACGGUCAUGAACCCCAAUCAGACUUUAGAUCUUUUCCAAAUCAAAGAAAGUCAUAACAAAAUCAGAGACCAUAAAUCCCUACACAAACAGAAUGCCGGAAGGACAGAGCAGAACCAGAAUAGAGCAGAAUUAAUUUGAAUUCCAGAGAAACCCAGAUGAGAUUCUUACCAAGGCUACAGAAAACAAUAGCUUAACUAUGCUAUGAACCCAAAAUAAAACGAGCUAGCAAGGAAUGGCAUAGCACGAAUUUUGACACAUUGAUCAAAUUGAGACCUAAAUCAUGGCCUCCAUAACUAACAUUACAUUCCAGUAACUUAAAUGCAUUCCAAGCUCUAAGAUAAAACAUCAAGAAAACUAAAGCCACUUUGAGGUUGGAGACUCCAACUUGAAUUUAAUACCCUCAUAGUCUUAAUGGUCAAGAAACAACACAUAGCAAAAUCAAAGGUAAAUCCCUAGAUUAGGGGGACAUAUACAAAGUCCAAAGAUUAGGUUUUCACAAAGGAUAAAAUGUGUUCAAUAGUCCAUCUAAAGCAUAUCCUUAAAGUACCAUUUUGUCCUAGAGAAGACGCCUGAGCUAACAGCUCCUUCAUUUGUGGCAAAGGACACUGGAGCACAUCACAAGAGGCAUAUAACCACUCAAAUGUUCUGCAAACCUAAGGGUAUGGUUUGGGUUUUGUGCAAUUUCAUUCACUGAUUCUUAAUAAUAAUCCACAAACAAG